AAAUAAAAAAAAAAAAAACAAAAGAGAGAAAAUGGGAAAUGACAUUUUAUUUUCGGAAUCCAAGUAUCCAACUCAAAAUCAUCGUCAUCCAUCGUUUUUGUUCUAAAAUUUCUUACAGACCAGAGGAUCGCCACGCCAACCUCUCUGGCUCUCUCUAUUUAUAUUGUUUAUUUCCACCCUUUAGAUUCGAAACCCAUCUACAAACAUCUUUCUUUUUCUGUUUUUGGUACAUAAGAGGUUCUUCUUUGGUUGAAUCAAGAAUUGCUAGAACAAAUAAAAGAGGAAGCAAAAAAAGGGGGCCUUUUUCGCCCUCUAUUCUUCUUAUGCCUCCUCUCAGAUCUUAGAUUUCCUGGAUUUCGCAUCUUGGUUCUUCCAAUCGGAAUCCUGGAAUUUGAAUUGAUUAGUCGAUGAAGGAUCCGAUAUUCCUCAAUUGAAUUUGAGAUUACCCAUUUAAUAACUGAUAUACAAUCUUCUGAUUUCUGGGUAAUUUCUUGGAUAAGAAAAGAUGGAAUCGGAUCUUGGAAAGCUCUUCAUAGGUGGAAUUUCUUGGGACACGAACGAAGAUCGUCUCAAGGAAUACUUCAAAUCUUAUGGAGAAGUUGUGGAAGCUGUGAUCAUGAAGGAUCGGACCACAGGUCGUGCCCGCGGUUUUGGGUUUGUCGUAUUUGCAGACCCUACUGUUGCAGAGAGAGUUGUCAUGGAAAAACACACAAUAGAUGGUAGAACGGUUGAGGCAAAGAAGGCUGUUCCGAGAGAUGAUCAGCACAUUCUGAAUAGAAACAACAGUAGUGUUCAUGGAUCACCGGGUCCUGCCCGUACUAAAAAGAUAUUUGUAGGAGGCUUAGCAUCCACAGUCACAGAGAGCGACUUCAAGAAGUACUUUGAACAAUUUGGGACAAUCACAGAUGUUGUGGUGAUGUAUGAUCAUAACACCCAAAGGCCAAGAGGUUUUGGAUUCAUCACUUAUGAUUCAGAGGAAGCAGUUGAGAAGGUGUUGCUCAAGACCUUCCAUGAACUGAAUGGUAAAAUGGUUGAGGUCAAGAGGGCUGUCCCAAAGGAGUUGUCUCCAGGGCCCAGCAGGAGCCCUCUAGGUGGAUAUAACUAUGGCCUAAGCAGGGUUAACAGCUUUCUUAAUGGCUAUACUCAGGGAUACAAUCCAAGUUCAGUUGGAGGUUUUGGAGUUAGGAUGGAUGGUAGAUUUAGUCCAGUUGCUGGUAGCCGAAGUGGAUAUCCACCAUUCGGUCCUCCAGGUUAUGGAAUGGGUGGUGUAAAUUUCGAGCCAGGGCUGAGCCCAAGCUAUGGGGGAAACUCAAACUUUGGUACUAAUAUUGGCUAUGGACGAGGAUUAAACCCUUACUACAGCGGGAACACAAAUAGGUUUGGUAGUCCUAUUGGAUACAGUGGAGGUAAUGGAGGGAGUGGUUCUGUUUUAAGCUCAACUAGCCGGAACGUGUGGGGGAAUGGGGGCCUUGGUUAUGUCACAAACUCUGCAAGCUCUAGUGCUUACAUGGGCUCUGGUAGUGGGACUAUUGGAGGUGCUUUUGGCAAUAGUGGUGCAAAUUGGGGCUCCUCGCCUUCUAUUUCAGCUCAAAGUGGAGGUAGUGCUUCUGGAUUUGCCAGUGGGAAUCUUGGUUUUGGAAGUGGUGAUAGCGGUUUUGGGUUGGGUGGGGGAGGGUAUGGAAGAAACAGUGGAACUAGUGCUGCCAUGGCAUCAUCAUAUGCUUCAUCAAAUGGUGGUUAUGAUGGUUCUUAUGGAGAUUUCUAUGGUGGUAGUUCAGUUUAUGGUGACUCCACUUGGCGGUCUGCUAAUUCAGAGCUAGAGGGGUCUGCUUCAUUUGGUUAUGGGCUUGGCAAUGCAACUUCAGAUGUAACAUCUAAAAGUUCUGCGGGUUAUGUUGGUGGUUAUGGUGUUUCCAAUAGACAAUCAAAUAGAGGAAUUGCUGCAUAGGAGGAUAAUUAUUUGGAUAUCAGCAGGUUAUUGUAGGUGAAGAUAAUCCAGUGAUCCAGGUGAAUGACUUGUGAAUUUCGUACAUCUCCCUCAUUAAUAUAUUUCAGUUAAAAUGAAAUUGAUUAUCUAGAGCUAACUGGAGUUCCUAUUUUAAAGACGCUGAAUUCAGAGAGAGUGAGAGCAGUUACAAGGGAUUUUGUGUAAGGUUUGAGGAAUUUGAGUUUUUCAAUUUAGGAUCUCUUAUUCAGGUUUGAUUGAGAUGUAAAAUCAGAUUGCGGGAUAUAUUCAGAAAAGAGUGAUUCUGAUCAAUGUAUCGUGCACUGUGGCGAUACAUAAAAACAGACUAUUAUUUUUUAAAUUUCUUUUCUUUUUUUACCUCUGUAAUGUCUCUGGCAAAGUUGCUGGUUCUUGUCAGGUAUGCUUUUCUGUUUCAUUUUUUUUUGGAUUUUGAUUUUUCAGAUUGUACCAGAGGUUCUGGAUGAUUACUAGUGUGAAACUUUUGAGGGAUACCAAUCUGAGUUCCCCAAGAAUAAGUUACCAAAUAUUCUGAUUCAUUUCUAUGGAAUACUUUCUUUUCAAGAA